AUGGACGCCCUCGCCCAACAAGUAAACAACAUCCUCAUGGAGCCCGCCUACCGGCCGCUCCUCGCGAUCCUCAAAUCUGCCCGCAAUGGUGCCGUGUACGGCGCCAAAGUGCGCUUCCCACAUGCACUGGUCAUGGUGUUCCUGUUUCGGUCGGGCACGUUCCGCGAGAAGAUACGCUUAGUGUACAAAGCUACCCGGCAGCACGCGAAGAACCUGGCCACAUUUGCGGUGAUAUACAAGACUUGUAUGCUGUUGUUGAGGAUUAUUGGGCCGGAAGGGAGCAUCAGGAGUAACGAUGCGAUGGGUGGGAAGGAGGGACCGUACGAUACGUUUCUAAGUGGUGCUAUUGGAGGGUACAUUGUUUUUGGCCGCGGACGUUCCGGCGCAUCAAGCGUGAACCAACAGAUUGUGAUAUACGUCUUCGCACGAGUGGUGUUGGCUCUCGCGAGGUUAAGUCUAGAGAGUCCGAAGUUCACCAGCACAACACCUACACCAACUUUCUGGACGCAGAGGUUAGAUGAGAGCACGAAGAACCGGAUACGAGAACACGCCUGGCCAGUGUUCGCAAGUUUCUCCUGGGCUAUGGUCAUGUAUAUCUUCAGAUUCCAGCCUGAGAGCAUUCAGCCAUCAUUGCGCAGUUCGAUGCGAUACAUGUAA